AUGGGAUCCUCCGACGGUAGCAAGACCAGCGGAGACGCACAAAACAAGAACAACCCUGACCAAAGCCAGCGCCAAGGCCAAGAGGACAAAAACCAGGGCCAGGGCCAUGGUCAGAGCCAGAGCCAAAGCCAAAGGCAGAGUCAAAACCAUCACACCAACCGAACUGGUUCCGGCCACGAAUCUCUCUCAUGGAUGGCACCUACCGCAGUGCGACCAGGUACCAAUUUUAAGAAUGAUGUGGAUGGCGAGGAGCUACACCGUAGUGCUAGCCACCACCCGCAGCAGCAGGGGCCACAGACACCGGGUCAGGAACCACAAGAGGGUCAUGGCAAGCCCCUCGAUGAAGUGGUUGAUAACUAUCGACAGUGGCUAGAAACCCUAAAUCGUACUAGUGAGUCCUCACCAGGUCAAAACCCUGCAGCAGCAGCCAUGGCCGCUUUCCCAAACACGUUCCCGUCCUUCGACGAUUUGAGCCAACAGCAAGAACAACAAGAACCUCAGUCGUCGCGUCAAAAGCAUCCGUACCAGCGAAACCAGGAUAAUCUGCGACAGCCCGAAACUCAACCACAGGGCUCCGACCAGAACGAUCAGCAACAGCAUCGUGGCUACGAUCCAAAGCAUCAACACCGUCAGGACUUCGAAGACGUUGAUAAGAUGACCCUCGAUCCUGACCUCGACUCGGUAACUUUUGCGCUUUCCGAGCCGUUGUCUCAAGUAACAGAAAGUGUAGCUCUUAAAGCCAGCGGUGCUGUCCACGACAGUUACGAUGACAAUUCGAGGGAGUCGUCAAAUCGUUUUGAACCGACGAAGGCCGUUCUGACGCCAAGGGCUAGCAGCACCAGUCAUACAGAGACUCCGGAUCAAGAGCAAUCACAGAGACAACCUCAGCCGUUUUCCAGCAUAAUGCCUUUCGGUCUCAAUUUGAAUACUGGGACGCGAAGCACUACUGAUGUUUUAAGGUCUCACUCUUCAAAUGGAUGGAUGAACCGCUCGCGUUUCAGACCUUAUUUCAACAUCUCACUUGUUGGCGACUCCAAAAUCGCCACAUGUAUCUAUUGUGGCAAAGACUAUAAGGAAGGAGAAUCUACGGGAAAUCUUUCCAAACAUAUAACCAAUAACCACGCUUCCGAGUAUAAAUCUCGCGAACGAGCUGCCUCCAAGGAGAACACAUUGACUUCACUCACCAGCAAAGAGCGCUCAUUGCGACUGUCUACAAGAUUUGCUUCCGAGCUCAAUCGAGACAGUGGUACUUUGGCGUCUGUAAUUUUGAUAACUGAAACGUUGGUACCCUUUUACGUGGUAGAGUCCAUGGGUUGGAAGAUCAUCAACGGCCUUGUCCCCGAUGUUCCACUUAUAGAGACUCGUAAGGCCGUUGUGGAAAAGUUGGAUCACUACAUCGAUUGUUUAAAUGAAUCACUAAAGGCAAGUUUGGAAUCUUCCACAUUUGUGAGUGUCCAACUUUACGUGUGUUCAAGGGAAGAUGGUCUGAGAUACCUGGCCGUGUCGGCGUCUUACGCUCCAAAUGUAAUAGGUGAUGAAAGGUUAGACAGUAUUCAGUCUCCUGAACUUUUGGUUAACAACACGGGAGAUCCCGUUAAUGGUCAUUUAUUAGAUGUGGUUGAAUUUAACGAGAAGGCCAGCGAUCACCCCUCUUUAUACCAAGGAGUAUUGAGAAUACUGGACAAAUAUGGGAUCACAUCAAAGGUAGCUCUGGUCACAGUCGAUCAAUUAAGCCACGCACUUGGUUUGCAUGAGCCCUUGAUGGAAGCCUUGCUGAGCUACUCUGAUUCGCAAGUGAUGCGUUACCUUGGCAGUGUACGUUUGUCACGUUGCAUCAACUCGGGUCUUGAAAUGCAGUUCGAAGCUGUAGCGCGAGACUUGAUGAAGGAUGGAGAUUUCAAGCACGAGUACCAAAAAAUCGAGAAACUUGCUAAGUCCUGGGAGAAGAUUCCUUCCUUACAAAGUUUUGCAGACGAUCUUGUCAGUCAACCUCAUUUUUCAAGUCAAGUAAACGAAGCCCGAGGAGCUUGGCGCAAGGUCACCAAAUUUUUGCGAGUGAGACAGAGGCUUAAAGUUUGGCUAGAGAGCCCUGACAGAGACGCCGAAGGAUCUGCGGUACAGGAUAUCGAAGAAAACAUCUCUCACACGUCAACGGCUUUAGAGCUAUUCCGCUACUUUGUCGACUGUUGCUCAAUUUUUGAUAGAUUGCGGGGUUCUUUGCUGACGGAUGGGAUAUGCUUUCUACCUGAGGGAGUUUUCAUCUACUACAAACUAAAUGGGUUUUUCGAUUUGUGCGAACGGGCAUCCAGGGGCGAACGCAUUCAUCACGAAGAGUAUUCUUUUCUGAAUGGUUCCGACAACUUACUCCCUGAGCACAAAGAAAGAGUUUUAAGAGCCGUAUUAAGCAGCAGGAAAUUAUUCAAGGGCUUUUUCGAAGGUGUAAAGAACAAUGCCUUAUUUUACGUGGCUGUUACACUGGACCCUUCUGUGCGUCUUGAGGAUCUUCAAAAAUAUAUGACGGAACAAGAAAUGAAUGCUGUAAAGCGUGAAGUGGAAGUCAACGUCCAGGAAUAUUUAUCAAAAUGUGAUCUGUACGAGCAUAGCAGUGCCAAAUCCGAAGGUUCGGAACAUAAUAAAGCUCCCAAACGCAAGAGGAUGGGACAGGAGCCAUCAAAAGAGGGCGUAUUCACUAGCAGCUACGACGAAUGGACUCAAUACAAGUGUGAUGUCAAGGUUCUUUCAAAAUCGCGUCGCGGGGUGAUUCAAUGGUGGUUUGAACGCCGUUCUAAGUAUCCGCACUUGUUCAAAUUGGCCAUGGCAUUGUACUACUCUCAGAUCAGUUCCAACGAAACCGAAAACAUUUUCUAUGUUACGGAACACACGUUGAAGGUUUACCAAAGGAGUGUGGGACGAGCUAACACUCAGAAAGUGAUGCUGUUGAGAAACCGUUUCAAGAACUUUGGACUGUACAACCAGGCUCUAAGGUUUGUGAACCCUUCUAUCGAUUAA